UGUAGACAAGAGUCUCAAAGGGCUGCUUUGCUACAUUAGCAAGGCAGUCUGCAUUGAAACUCCAGCAUAUCUGAACUUGAUUCAAGAUUUCCCCCAUUUAUUCACACGGCUCAAUGGCACUGUAACUAAUUGAAAUACAAGUUCAGCAAUGGAAGGUGGGCAGUGCCUUAGGUUCCUACGUCCAUAUCUUUUCCAAUUGCCAUCACAUAGGACGCCUGUCUAUGCGCGGUUCUUCUCCGUUAAUAGCCGCAAUCCGGCCAAGCCUGGGUGUUCACGUCGGUCUUCGUUACAGAAAGCACCACACAGCAGAUGUAUACAAACAUCUACAUCUAAGAGGACCACCGUAAUCAGCUCUGAUGCAGCAGAGAGUGAUGCUGUCACCUUACCCACCCGCCGAGUCACAGUUGACAAUCGGGUUCAAAAGUUGAAAGAGUACAAUGCUCUUCACUACCCAAGAUUAGGCCCCAGGUCUAAUCGAAUUAGCAUACCCAGUUUUCGAGAGAAGUAUCGGAAUGUUGCCGAUAUACCAGCCUCGGAAGAGGUUAUUCUUGAAGGUCGGGUCAUGUCGGUUAGGCGGUCUGGGUCUAAGCUAGUCUUUCUUUCCAUCAUGGGUGGAUAUGAACAAGUUCAAAUUAUGAUCAGUCUGAAUCAAUUGUCAGAUCCAAAGCCAGAACUUGGCCAAUUUAAGGACACCCUUCAUCCAUUCCUUCGCGGCGAUAUCAUCUCUAUCAAGGGUACAGCCAUGCGAACAGAUGCGGGCGAACUAACAUUAAAAGCAAGCGAGCUUCCUACACUACUAAGUCCUGGCCUGGCAAUAUUGCCCGAAAAACUUAUUGAUCAAGAGAAGAUGGUAUUAAAUAGGCACGUUGAUAUGUUGGUAAACCGUCGUGCCUCUGACGUACUUCGCCUUCGUUCGCACAUUAUCAAGUGCCUGCGCGAUUUUUUCCAUGAUCAGGACUUUCUAGAAGUCCAGACGCCUAUCUUAGCCGAUUACGCUGGUGGCGCUGCCGCCCGGCCAUUUUUGACCUCAGCCACCGAAUUCCCACAAAAGGAGAUCUCAUUACGCAUUGCUCCUGAGUUAUGGCUUAAGCGCCUAGUUGUUGGGGGCAAUGAUAAAAUCUUCGAAAUUGGCCCAUCAUUCCGUAAUGAAAGCGUUGAUACCACACAUAACCCAGAGUUCACCAUGUGCGAGUUUUAUUCUGCUUACUCCAAUCUGGCCGACUUGAUUGCGAUAACGGAGAAUCUCAUUGCUCAUCUUUUCGAAGAUGCCGAACGCCUUAUACAGAUCAAACUUCAGUCUCUCGAGAAGCCAAGCAUCAAUCUACCCAAAAGCAGCUGGCGACAAGUUGAGUUCAUUCCCGCAUUAGAAGAGGCUCUCGGCUUUCAACUUCCGGACCUCUCACAACCCGAUGCACUGCCAAAGCUUAUCGAUCUUCUACACGGUCGCAUGGAUUUUUUUCAAUUGUCAGGAUUGACAUUGGUUAAACUCCUCGAUGCGCUUGCUGGCAAGUACUUAGAGCCUCCAUCCCGAGAGCAGCCUCUAUUCAUCAUCCAUCAUCCUACUUGCAUGUCGCCUCUCUCCAAGUCCUUUACCUGUCCCAAAACCGGUCAGCUGGUAUCCGCCCGUGCCGAAUUAUUCAUAGAAGGUCGUGAGAUCGCAAAUAUGUACGAAGAAGAAAAUAGCCCUUUCCAACAACGACGUAAAUUCGAACUGCAGCUAGAAUCCCGGAACGGCAACUCAGAAGUAGACGACGAAGGUCCUACCGAAGUGGAUGAUAGUUACAUUCACGCCCUAGAGCACGGGCUACCACCUACAGGAGGAUGGGGCUGUGGUGUAGAUAGGAUGGUUAUGAUGCUCUCCGGGUCAUCGAGAAUUAGCGAAAUUCUAAGUUUCGGAAACCUGAGGAACGUCGUAUCGAUACGCCAAGCCGCAAAAGAUGUAUAACUUUUGUCAAUUAUUUGCAAGCUUCAGAAGACAGCCUGUACCCAUCAUAGACGAUACCCGCCAUAUUAAUCUAUAGACCCGCAGCGAAAUUAGAGCUUUCUGUACAUUAGUAUGGGGUUCUAGAGCUCUUUAUUUGUAUUCUUAUCCUACUCAGUUUCAUCUACACGGUGUUAUUCGCAGUCACCGUCGAUACAUCUUGGGGAUUUCUGAGUUUGGCGUUUCAUAGCUUUAACAGCAACAUGUUACCCCAUGGUAUUGGGGAAGCUACCACCCCCUAGAUCCGGUUAAGAGUGGAUACAUCGGCACGGAGCUGUAUUUCCUAUUGUGGUAUUCCCAUAUCCGGGUCCGCCGAAAGAUCGGCAUCCCAAGAAGAAACUCUAUUUAUCGGAUUCGCCACGAUUCCGAUUCCGCCAGCGAAAAUUCAG